AACGCCGAGCAUGCGCACACUGAAUAUAGACCCUAACGUCACAAUUGUGCGCCAGGGCUAAACAUGGCGAGCAGUAAGAGGAAUACUCUUCUCUCUUCACUAGCGGCUUAUGGAGAUGAUUCAGAGCAGGAUUCAGAUCCAGACACAGAUGAUCAAGAAUCUCAUGGUGGAUUGGUGUCGGCUGCUUACGGAGAGGAUGACGUGAGUCGUGUGGAGGAGGCAGAUGAGAAGCCCUCGGAGAAUGAGGACAGUGAUGAUGACAGCACUAGAAAUUCGGAAGAAGAGGAGUCGGACUCAGGGCGGACCCAAGAUGACGUGAAGGAUGUCACAGAAGUGGAAGUUAAAGACCCCAAUGAGCUUGUUGCACAGUUUUCUGAGAAGGUUCGGAAUAUGUCUCCUGAUGAGAUCAGAAUUCCUCCUGAACCUCCCGGGCGUUGUUCCAGUCAUCUGCAGGAAAAGAUCUUUAAACUUUACGAGAGGAAGCUUCAUGGAGACUUUGAUACAAACAGCCAUAUUCAAAAGAAGAAAGAGUUUCGCAACCCAAGUAUUUAUGAGAAGCUUAUCCAGUUCUGUGGUAUUGACGAACUUGGAACCAAUUAUCCAAAAGACAUGUUUGAUCCUCAUGGCUGGUCAGAGGAUUCAUAUUAUGAGGCACUAGCCAAAGCUCAGAAAGUGGAGAUGGACAAGCUGGAAAAAGCUAAAAAGGAAAAGACCAAGAUUGAGUUUGUGACGGGCACCAAAAAAGGCACCACUACUAAUGCAGCAGCUAUGGCCACAAACACAACAACUUCCACAGCAGAUGCUCAGAAGAGGAAGAGCAAGUGGGACUCAGCAGUGCCAGUGACCCUGGCACAACCCGCCCUCCUCACCACCACUGCCACCCUCCCUGGAGUCGUCUCUGUGACAACAACAGCCAGCGGCACCAAGACCACAGUCAUCUCUGCAGUGGGAACCAUUCUCAAAAAAGCCAAGCAAUGACACGAAUAAAGGUGGUGUAUUUCACUUCAGGUUGCCAGAUUGAUAGUGAAUGGCAGUGCUACAUGUAAACAUAAGUUGUGCUGUUUUUAGUUGAGCAACAGAUGAUUUUAACUGUCUGGCAACUGGAAUAGAUGGUGUUUAUCUAAUUUUCAGAAAGUGAAAAUUCUAGAUAUAGCUUUAUAAUGACAUAAUUGUAUCAGUCAUCUCUGUACUUGGUUUUGACUAGCUGUUUCAAAUGCAUUCAUCUGAUGGUUGAUUCUUUGAUUUAAACUUAUUGGUUGUCUUUGCCAGAUGGUUUCCAUUUUAAUUCAUAAUUCUUGUAAGUAAAAACGAUCCUGCAGCUGUCAAACAUGUCUGUUGCAGUAAAGUCACCUGACCUUUCAUGUCAGACAUAUGAAAACUUGUUGGUAAAUAUAUAUAUUUUUUUCUUUCAAUAAUCAUUCAGUGUUUGAUAGAUGCCAGGUGUAAUGUCUACAGUCUGUUUCCAUUUUUUUGUUUUGGAAAGGUCAUGUAUCUUAUUACAACAACUAAUCGGGGCUAAUUGACUAUAUUAUUGCAUUUAUUAUAAGACACAAAGGGUCCUAUAUUUGGUGCAAGUUCAUUUUUUAUCAUUUCUAUCUUUUUAUUUUGUUUUAGCAAUGCAAGUAGGUCUUUUUUUAAUGUGUAUAUUAAAAUGACUCUGGCUUCUCUGUUGCUCAGCAGUGUAAAAAUAAAUGGUUUUUGUAUAAUUGUAAA